UGUACACACCCCACAUCAACCACCUCAUCAUAUUGUCUCCAACCCUAGCUAGAACAGCAUCUCAUCGAUCUUAACCUGUAAACACCCACAACACAAGAAAAACAGCACAUCAUUAUUUCCAUAUGUACCUGGCUUGGAUUAGCUAGCAGCAAAGCCCACACAAGCACACAGACACACACACCAGAGAACACCAGGCCAAGAAACCAGCCACAGAAAAGCAACCAGCCAUGGGGGUGGAGAUCCUGAGCUCCACGGGGGAACACUCCUCCCAGUACUCUUCCGGGGCCGUGUCCACAGCCACGACGGAGUCAGGCGUCGGCGGACGGCCGCCGACUGCGCCGAGCCUACCUGUCGCCAUCGCCGACGAGUCGGUGACCUCGCGGUCGGCAUCGGCGCAGUCGGCGUCGUCGCGGUUCAAGGGGGUUGUGCCGCAGCCCAACGGGCGGUGGGGCGCCCAGAUCUACGAGCGCCACGCUCGCGUCUGGCUCGGCACGUUCCCGGACGAGGACUCUGCGGCGCGCGCCUACGACGUGGCAGCGCUCCGGUACCGGGGCCGCGAGGCCGCCACCAACUUCCCCUCCGCGGCCGCAGAGGCGGAGCUCGCCUUCCUGGCGGCGCACUCCAAGGCCGAGAUCGUCGACAUGCUCCGGAAGCACACCUACGCCGACGAGCUCCGCCAGGGCUUGCGGCGCGGCCGCGGCAUGGGGGCCCGCCCGCAGCCGACGCCGUCGUGGGCACGGGAGCCCCUCUUCGAGAAGGCCGUGACCCCGAGCGACGUCGGCAAGCUCAACCGCCUCGUGGUGCCGAAGCAGCACGCCGAGAAGCACUUCCCCCUGAAGCGCACGCCGGAGACGACGACCACCACCGGCAAGGGGGUGCUGCUCAACUUCGAGGACGGCGAGGGGAAAGUGUGGAGGUUCCGGUACUCGUACUGGAACAGCAGCCAGAGCUACGUCCUCACCAAGGGUUGGAGCCGCUUCGUCCGGGAGAAGGGCCUCGGUGCCGGCGACUCCAUCGUGUUCUCGUGCUCGGCAUACGGUCAGGAGAAGCAGUUCUUCAUCGACUGCAAGAAGAACAAGACGAUGGCGAGCUGCCCCGCUGACGGCGGCGCCGCAACGGCGUCGCCGCCUGUGGCAGAGGCAGCUAAUGGAGAACAAGUCCGUGUCGUGAGGCUGUUUGGCGUCGACAUCGCCGGAGAGAAGAGGGGGCGAGCAGCGCCAGCGGAGCAGGAGUUGUUCAAGAGGCAAUGCGUGGCACACAGCCAGCACUCUCCUGCCCUAGGUGCCAUCGUCUUAUAGCAUCUGCACAUACAGCUCUAUAUUCCUCUCCGGUUCUCCUCCCUCUUUCUUCUCGUUGUUACAUGCAUGAUAUAUGUUGAUCUGUUUGUGAAUUAGAAUAAUUUUAUUCCUGAAUUUUGCGUAGAACUCGUUCUUAAGUCCAAUUGCAGAAUGAGUUGUAUGUAAUUAUGUGUGUGUACACCACUAGGAAUUCUAGCUAGACAGAUCAUAAUAAUCCUACGAUGUUGUUGCAUAUAUAUAUCUAUAUAUGUACUAUCACCUUGACACAUCAAUAAAUUCCAUUCUGCCAUCUAA